AUGUCGACCACCCUCCCCUCAAUUGCCUGCUUGGGCGUAAUAGGUCGAAACAACAACCCCCUCCACAUCUCCAUCUUCAACUCCUACGACCCCUCCACCAACUUGUUCCGUCCAGUCCGCACGCCCCUCCAAUUCUCCCUACUGCUCUCCUCCACCCUCGACAUCUUUGAGCUCCGAUCCCGCGCCCACGCCGCCCAGGGAACCGGCCUAACAGGUGACUUCGGCCUGCUGCACGCGGUAGACGAGAAGCUGGCGGCCUAUGGCUUCGAGACCAACACGGGGGUGAAGUUUGUGGUCGUGGUGGACAUGAGAGGGAGGAGAGCGUCGACUGCUGCUGCUGGCGUGGGAGAGGAUGGGAAGAAGAGCAGCGCGGUGGGGACGACGGGGGUGGGACUGAGAGAAGGGGAGAUGAGGGUUGUGUUCAAGGCGAUGCAGGCGGCGUAUAUCCGGUUGAUGCAGAACCCUUUUUACGAUCCGGAUGAGCAUAGCCCGCUGACGGGGCCGGGGAAGAAGAUUACGAGUAGGAGGUUUGGGGAGGAGAUGAGGAAGAUUGGGGAGGGGUGGGUGCCGGGGGUGACGAGUUUGUGAUUUUGAGUAGCUACGGUGUGGGUGUGUGUGCUAAUGGGCGUUUGAAAAGGGGAUACCUGGUUGUUUUGGCGUUUUUUUUUAUCACAGCAUUUCUUCUUCCAACGAAACAGAGACAUUGUUCCUUUCAAGCAAGCGAAAACAGGGUUUAUAUUUACGGUUAGGAUAGGUACGAGAGGUAACCAAUCCAGAGAAGCCAACCAAAACGCCAAUCAUCAUCCCUAGUAUGUACAGGAACUUCAUCACCAGCAAAUCUCGUCACUCGAACGAAUUCGUCAGACUAAAUUCCUCAAACGGCAUUCCCUCCUCCCAAGCCUCCUCCCCUCCCUCGGGCCUCACAACUUUCGCCCACCCCGUCACCAACGCCCUCCAGUAACACGCCUCGGCCGCUUUGGAGAAAUACCCCCCUCCGACAAACAGCUCCCUCUGCCUGGUGGCGAUCCCCUCAGCAACCUCUGGGUUUUCUUCUAACCACCUCACCGUCUCCUCCAAAUCAGACCAGUCAGGCUUGACAAAAACAAUAUUCGCCUCCCUCGCGUCCACACCCGUCCCCCAAGCGCCCUUGACUCGUUCAGUCGUCUCCCACCUCUUGCCGGUCAACUCCCCACUGUAGACGGGUCUCACAAGAUGGGUGGUGUGCUGCAUCCAGAGAAUGGGGGGCGUCAAAACGACGCUCUGGCACAUUUGCAGAAAUUGAAACCGGCCCGAGUAGGCGAUUCCCUCGGUGUGGAUGACGUAUUUGUAGCGGCAAAAGUCCUGGAUGGGCAAGGCGUUGGUUGCGUUG